AUGUAUACAGACUGCUUGAAUCAUAGAGAUGCAACCUCGACAAGUGCCAAAGGGGUUAUUGUUGGUGCAGUGGUUGGAUCAAUUGCCGCGCUGGCUGUUGCUGCUGGAAUAUUUGUCUUUUUGGUAUGGAAGUCAAGAAAGCGUAACAGCAACAACUCAAAUGUAAAAAGAGAAAGGACAAACGGAGAUACAACUGAAGAAAUAGGACUUGCUGUUGUAAGUCGCUUAAAGAUUUUAACUCUUAACCUUAUUGUGGUACAGUACAGUAAAUCAUUGUUUUUUUUCCAAGAAGGCACGGUAACGAAUCCUUCAAUCUGAUUGGUUCUUAGUGUAGUCCGGAUUUUUCUACCUCUGCCAAUGGGCACAGUAACGCUUUCGUGGGUCGCGGAAUAUAUUCCUAGCUUUGUUGCAAAUUUUUUCAUAAAUAUAUGUUGUUUUACUGGCUAGGCAGCAUUUUCAAGCACAGACUUCGGUCACGAUCUCAAGCCCUAUAUUGAUUAAUAAUUAUUUGCACCCUCUUUCUCAAAUCAA